CCCCGACUCCAGCGCAAUGGGGGCUUGGGUCUUGGGUCCGACGCAUGGGCCGGGGUGACCGCAGUCACUGCCCGUCACAGACCGUGAAGAAGCUCCUGGAAGAACAGAGGCGCCGCCAGCAGCAGCCUGACACCAGUGGGGUGCAGGGCCAGUUCCCACCCCCUGCAACUCAGUCUCUGACCCCCUCUGUGAGUGCCAGGGAGCCUGGUCAUCCUCACUUCCCACCGCAACCCGAGGCAGUGGGUUCCACACCUGUCAGCCUGGCACCCCCCACGACUUUUCCAGACUGGGACCCCAGUACACAUGCAGUCUACACAGACAGCUCCUUCUCCUACCCGGCUUCUGCGGCUGAAGUUUUCCCGACACCAGAGUUCUACCCCAGCUCAGUCCCAGGGCGGCCCUGUCCAUUCUCCCCCGGGAUGGAGGACCCCCUGGAUACCCGGCUUUAUGCAGAGCCCCCCUUGGCACAGGCAGCAUCCUGGAGAGGUUCUGGGCUCCCCUCAGAACCCCCCCAGCUGCCCCCUGUGGUGGCCGGCCCAUCCCUGGAUGCAGCCCGUGCCCACAUGCUGGCUUUGGGGCCCCAACAGCUUCUGUCCCAGGACGAAGAGGGAGACACACUCCUGCAUCUGUUGGCUGCGAGGGGGCUGCGCUGGGCCGCCUACGCUGCGGCCGAGAUGCUCCAAGUGUACAGGCGUCUGGACGUCCGUGAGCAUAAGGGCAAGACCCCUCUCCUGGUGGCUGCCGCUGCCAACCAGCCCCUAAUCGUGGAGGAUCUGCUGAACCUGGGGGCUGAGCCCAACGCCACUGACCACCAGGGACGGUCCGUCUUGCACGUGGCUGCCACCUAUGGGCUCCCAGGAGUCCUCUCGGCCGUGUUCAAUUCAGGGGUCCGGGUUGACUUAGAAGCCAGAGACUUUGAGGGCCUUACCCCCCUCCACACUGCCAUCCUGGCCCUCAACGUUGCCAUGUACCCGCCUGAUCUCUGUCCCCGGAUGCUGAGUCCUCAGGCCCGGGACAGGCUAGCUUGUGUCCAGAUGUUGCUGCAUAUGGGAGCUGACCACACCAGCCAGGAGAUCAAGAGCAAUAAGACAGUCCUGCACUUGGCCGUGCAGGCCGCCAACCCAACCCUGGUUCAGCUGCUGCUGGAGCUGCCGCGGGGGGACCUGCGGGCCUUUGUCAACAUGAAGGCCCAUGGGAACACAGCGCUCCACAUGGCAGCUGCGCUGCCCCCCGGGCCAGCCCAGGAGGCCAUCGUGCGGCGCCUGCUGGCCGCGGGGGCAGACCCCACUCUGCGCAACCUGGAGAACGAGCAGCCAGUCCACCUGCUGCGGCCGGGGCCAGGCCCUGAAGGGCUCCGGCAGCUACUGAAGAGGAGCCGCGUGGCCCCACCCGGCCUGUCCUCUUAGGACUCGAACCCAGACCCUGGACUGAUUUUCCAGUCCCCCACCGUCCCGUAGGACAGCCAGCGUAUGCUAUUGUUGCAGAUCCAUGAUGAUGUAUGUGCAGUGUCCAGCCACUGGGGUCUUACAUUAAAACCCCAAAAUGGCUGUAGGGGGAGACAGUCCCCAAUAUUUGGGGCAAAGUGUACCCCCUUUCCCCUGCCCACCAGGAGCCCCUUAAUGGUUUCUGUGAAAUCGAGGCCCCUUGGUUGUUUCUGAGAAACAUCCCUCCCCCCACAGGGAUCUGUUGGGGUUCCCUCCUCAAACUCAGCUCUUCACCCAUGGAAUCUCAGGUGUGGUUCCUUGACGUUGUUUAGGGUACCCCCCCAAACAGCAUCCCACCAGCACUCUGAAGCUCACCCCCUACCCUGCCCAGGACCGUGCAGGCCUCUGACU